CAACAAUAUUUUGGUACUACACCACUACGCGUAUUUGACACUUUGACAGGAGCGAAGAAUCUAUCAUGACUUAUUACAUCACCUUUUUGCGGGCCGUGGAACGAAGGAUGUGUGUGGAUGCUGGUGGGGCUUCGCUGGGACUUCGUUGUCUUGGUCGCCGGGGUCGGCGAGAGGGCGGGAGUGCUUGUACCCCGGAACUGCUUGCGGUACUACUGCCGGUGAGUCAUCCACUACUCCAAUUUCAGUGAUUAGCUCUUGAAGAUCGCAGAACGCCGUACAGAGCUCCGUGAAGAUCACAUGAAGUUCUGGGCGGGGAAUUUGCAGGAGGCUCAGCCGCUUCACUUGACCUUCGCUACGCCAUCUGAUCUGGAGUUGGCACCUGUCACCCAGAUUGAAGCAAAGAUUGGAAUUGGUGCUCUUGACCAUUACACGGAAGUAAUCAAUGCUUCUACUGCCGCGUCCUUUGCAGGGUUCUUCGCUGUAUACAACAUCCUCCACAAAUACUCUGCGGGCCAGUCGUAGGCACUGCUGUCAUACAACGCAAUCUUCCCAUGCUUACGGAUGUCCUCGGUUUCUUCGCUGACCGGCUUCCUAUUCAAAACCGUGAUCGAUGAGACCAAAACGUUCACAGAGUACCUCGGCGAGUUCAACAAUGCGUUGAUUACUUCCCUCGCCCACAAUCAAGUCACUUAUGAAGAUAUUGUCACGGAGGGGAAGUUAUCUUCCACUGGUCGUGGCUACUUCAAGCAUUU